AUGCCAGUGCAGGCUGCGCCAGUGCCGCCUCGCCGGACCGAGGUGGAAAGCGGCAGAACCAUGCCUGAGCCGCACCUGGAGGCACGGAAGCAGCAGCCAAAAGACCCUUUUGAGCGGCCAAAGGUGAAGGACGAGCAUGUGCCUUGGCAUAAGGAGGCGCCAGAAUAUGCGCCGCGCAGCACCAACUUUCCCCUCGUGAGGAUGGACGAGCAAGGAAUGGAUUGGACUGCGACUCUACGCGAAGCAGGCGGGCUCGGCGUGAUUCUCUCCGGCGAGAAGACGCACCGCCUCAACCCAGGAGGGCGGACCGGCCUCGUCGGUGGCUGGUCCGAACACGCGCAUGCGGGCGCCAACCGGGCAGUCGACCCAAUAAUCACGCGUUUCCGGCCGGAUGCAAAGGAGCCGACGCUGCAGCUUCUCGCCGGCCUGCGGCGCGACUGCAAUGCUUGGGCUCUGCCCGGUGCGAUGAUACGGACAUCUGAGACCGUCGAGACUGCGAUGCGACGCGGCUUGGCCGAAAAGGGAGUAGACAGCAAGAUUGUCAGUCUAUUGCGCUUUGACCUGCCGGAGGCAUCCGACAGCGGAUACAUCUACAUCGACGACUCGCGCAACACCGACGACGCUUGGAUCGAGAGCACGGUGUACAAGUUCCACCUAGAGGACCAGGACACCACUGUCAGCUGCCCGGGGGUGAAGUGGGUCGAUAUCUCCGGAGCUGGCGGUGUCAACAUCUUCAAGCCGCACCGCCUCUGGGUAAAGGAGGUGGCCGACGAGCUACUCAACGCGCCUAUGCUUGAGCGCAAAAUGCGAGGCGUCCGUCUCAAGCUCCUCUUCCGGCCCUUGGAGCUCAACCUCACCAAGGGGGUACGGCUCGUCCGAUGCGCUCCGGAGAGCAGCCCUUCCUUCAACCGCUUGCUCGCUUGCAGCGAGAAGCAGAGUGAGGCGCUCACCAUCAACGAGAGCGGGGCCAUUUCGAGCGUGACGCACGUGGAGCUGCGGCUGGAUAUCCAUAAAGGGCGGCUGCGCCCCGAGGUGGAGGCGCAGAUGAACCCAGCGAUCCUGCGCAAGGAGGCGCAGAUGAAGUGGGUGCGGUGUCGCUGCGCUCCUUUCGCGCCGAUCGCUGUUGGAUGGGAGUCGCGCAACCGCUUCUCAAUACCUCAAGAUGCGACGCACCAAGCGUUCGUCUACGGGCCACUAGACGCCGCGGACGCCGCCUUCGCAGGAGAGGUGAUGUACCCUGACCCCAAGACUGCGCAUUUUGAGCAGCUGCUGGUGAGUGGCGGCUUCGUGUACGCCAAAUGCGAGGGCCAGCAGGUCGACGUGCUGCGUGUGACGCACGUCGAUAACGUCGACGAGAACGACCUGUACUCGAAGAACCACGUCGUCGAGUUCAAGGGCCCACACCGGAUGGAGGAGGGCCCGCUUCGGCACGCACAGAAGCAGGAGCACUGGACACCGGUGUCGCUCUCGUUCCUCCUCGCGGCGGGUGCGCACUCCUUCAUGUGGCUGAACCCGGGCGAGCACGCGGGCACGCACCCCAUCAAGUUUGGCGCUUUCGCGUCGGAAGACAACUCGUGCGGGGCAGCUGCUGAUAUGGACCUCAAGACCGCCGGCGUCAUGGCGCCCGUCGAGGUGGCCCGAGAGCAUUCAUCUAAGAAGAACAACGCCGUGGACGCCAGCGAUGCCGCACAUAAGGCCGCCGCCCACAACUGGUUUUUGUUUCACGAUGCCGUCGCGAUGGGCAAUGCCUCGCUCGUUGAGUCGCUCAUCAAGGAUGACAGGUUGCUUCCUGAGGAGAUGGUUGAGUCCCAGCUCACGAGACGCGAGCUCAAGGCUGCGCUUUCUCGCACGGGGACGAGCUCUGCCCUCCCUCGCUCCUUCUCUCCGGCGGAGCAGUCAAGCAGAGCCUCCUCCCGAAGUGUGGAUAUCAGCCGCGUGGACGUGCCUGAUGGCAGCAGCUCGCUUACACCACUUAUGGUGGCAGCGGAGUACGGCCACGGCGACGUGGUGCGCACGCUGAUACGUCGUGGCGCAUCUCCCACGGCGCAGGCAAAGGACGGCGCAACGGCGAUGGACCAUGCGUUGCGCGUCCCCGCAUCCGGCAUCCCCGUCGAGCAGUUGCUUUGCAAGCUCGACGCCGCCAUCGCCCUGCUGCCGGCGCUUUUCCGCCACUCUGCUGGCGAGGCACUGUGCUACGUCACCAAGAUUGCGGAACGCGCGCACAUCGAGCGCGAGCGGCGCGAACGCAGCAGCCCCGCGGAAGCCGAGAAGCUUCAAGCGACGGCGGACCGCGCGGAGCGCUUGGGUGUCGAGCUUAUCAAAAAGCUCUCGGUGCUGCAGCGCACGCUUCUCCUCGAGCGCGAGAAGCGCAAGGAGAGUCUUUUCCUCGAGGGCGGGACGUCCAAGGAGAUCAAGCGGCCCCCUGGCUUCGUGGCUCGGCCCCGCGGCUUCGUGGCUCGCGCCGUCAACGUGCCGCGCCAGAAGAAGUUGCUGGGUGACCCGACGGUGCAGGCUGCCAUCAACUACCGUUGGAUGGGCCCACUGAUCAACUCCGUCGUCAACGGCUACGUCGUCACGCCAAACGGGGACGAGGAGAGGGUGCGCCGGCCGUUCGCGCGAGUUGUCCUCCUUCUGCUCGCUGCCGCCGUCAACUUACUCUUCCUGCCGCUCGUGGCAUUUAUCCCUCGGCUGCGGCGGCUGCUGAUGUGGACCCUCGAUUUUGGUUUUGAGCUCGUCUCGUCGGACCGCACACCCUACAGCGAGGGCUUCCAACGCAAGUGGAGCCCGUCGGCGCAGCUCUACACCCGCUCCCUCUACCUGCUCGACGCUCCCUUCUUUCAGUUCUUCAUCUCGUCUGUGAGCUGGCUGCUCCUCUCUCUCGUGCUGACGCGCACGGCGACGCCGAGUUUGCGUGGGGCUGUGGCCGACGCAUGGGCUCUGCUCUCGUCCGAGGGGGCUGAUGGCAUCGCCCCUGCGUUGGCUACUGUGGUGGAGGAGGUGGGGAGCUUGGCGCUGAACGCAUUGCUGCUCUCAGGCUUGCUGCUCUGGCUGCUGGCACACUUCAUCGACGAAAUCGAGACCUUUUCUUGGAGCGACCCGAUCAAGAAGGGCGAGCUCCUCGGGAUCAGCCUCGCCCUGUCCUCCAAGCUGGCGCCCAUGUUCAACAGGCACAUGCUCGCCUUUGGCCUACUCCUCAUGUGGCUCUCGUGGUUCAUGCGCGUCUUCUCGCUGGGCGGACUGGGCACUUUGACCGUGAUGCUCGAAAAGAUGCUCUUCGACACGGUCAAGUUCCUAGUCUUUAUGGUUGGUUGCGCCGUCGCCUUUGCCGCCGCACUGCACCAGCUCUUUCUCGAGGCACACGUCCUCGACGUUGAGGAUUGCGACAAGUUCAGUGAAUUUGGUGAGGGGUUGCUGGUGUCGCUGAGGCGGCUGCUGCUGGUUGCCAUAGAUCCGGCAGAGAGUAUCGACUGCGCAGGCACGAUUGCAGAGGCGCUGCAGGACUUUCACUUUACGGCGCCAUUCAUCAUGAGCGUGUACGUCAUCCUGUCGGUGGUGCUGCUGCUCAAUAUGCUUAUCGCGAUCAUGGCGAAGACGUUCGAUACCGUGUGGGACGACGCCGAGACGGAGAAUCGCUACCUCAGAGCGCAACUCGCGGUGCAGUAUUUUGGCGAUGCGCCGCCACCGCCCUUCAACCUCCUGCGGCUCCCGGCCCGCGUGCCGGAGCUGCUGGAGAGGUGCUGGGCCAAGGUAAGCCACGCGUGUGGGCUGGCCGCCACCUGCUGUUACGGCGCUGGGAAGUGGCUCGUGUGGCUCGCCUGCCUACCUUGCCUCGCGGUGUGGGCCGUCCGACGGGCGUGGGCCCUCCCCCGGCAAGACAAGUCUUCGCAAGAGGGCCUGUUUUUGAGCGAGGGGCUGUCGACCGACGGCGACAUGGACGACCUCGAUCCGUCGAACGUGCGCUAUGUCGACGGGCUAGGCCAGCUGUGGUCGGAGCGGAACACCGUCGAGGAGCUGAUGAAGCUCGAGGCGGAGGGUAGAUCGAAAGAGGAGCGAAAGGAGUGA